AUCCUGUCCUGUUAAACUCAUCAAAAGCACCCAGUGGUCCUCUCUGCCUGGUGUUUGGCUAUGGGCUGGUCCAUCCCCUAAGGUAAGCUAGUGAAAUCAAAGGAGCCAUCCAACACGCAGCGCAUGGGGCUUGAGGAGGGGCACACGCUGCACACCAUGCCCUUGCCCUCUCCUCUAUCCCCGAGGCUGAUGAGGCUGGCAAUGCGGUGCUCGUCCCAGCAGUUUUACGCACCCCAGCUUUUCUCUGGGCUGAACACAAGCCAAGCACCUCAAGAUGAGUACAGCUCGAAUGACCCCAUUGCUUUCUGACGUUGCUGCUCUCCUUACUGAAGCUGUGGGUUCCUCCCAAAGCAGGAAUGCAGCUGAGGGAGUUGGGCUAAGUUUGGUUUGGUUUUACUUGGAACUGGAAUCCCAACAAGGAACAGCUUCUAGGCUCUGUAGAUGUAAAAGUAGGAGCACUACUCAGCUGAAGAGCAAUGUUUUUCAAUUUUUUCCUCUGAUUUCAGUAAGGCAUCAGAUGAGCAGAACUUCCUUUCUCCAUCAGAAACCAAGCAGGGUGGAAUUUAGUAUCUCACAGAGGCCAUCUUCCCACUUUGCACUCUGCUCUUUCCUCCUUUGGCCUUGUGCAUUUCCAAAGAGACGUGACAGGAAGCACUAUGAGGAACAAGGGAUGCCUUUUCACAGGAUGACGGAUGCAGCAGUCCACCCAAAGGAGGGGCAAGGAACUACUGAGUCAGCAUUCGAUUCCCAGCUCAGCCUCACUCACUCCUUAAAUCAAGGAAGGGCCCCAACCCAACCUUCUCAGCUGCUUGGCCUCCAGCCAAACGAGAUGAAAUUUUCUGUUAGUCACCAGGAAAGAGAGCAGGAGGAAUUCUCAGUAAUAGAAAACACAGGCAGACUGAUCCAUGAGCAGUGUGGAGCAUCUUCAACUCUUGUGGCCUGUGGGAGAGCUGCUCAGCAUCUUGCAAGAUUAAAACUGAUUUCAUGAACUGGCAUUGAUAAAGACAUUCAACUUCCUCCAGGCCCCAUUGUGUUAAGUAUCAUUCAUGUUCACAAAUGCAGAAUUUGUUUGGUUAUCAGUUUCUUGUUUUUCUUUCUUUUUUUUUUUUUUCAGAAAUGAAUGCAUAUGUGAAUUAUCAUAAGAUAAUCAUGUAAAAACCUGCUUUUUUAGACCCAUAUCAAUGACAGAAAUAUUUGUCUUCAAGAACUUUUAGAAGUUUUGUAUUCUGUCUGCAUUGUCUCUUCUA